AUGGCGCCAAAGACUGUUCUGAUCACGGGGUGCAGCGACGGGGGCAUCGGAGCCGCCCUGGCCGCCGAGUUCCACGCCCAGGGCUGCCGUGUCUUUGCCACGGCCCGCAACGUCGAAAAGAUGCAGUCGCUCCGGGCGCUGGGCGUCGAGACCGUGGCCAUGGACGUGACCUCGGACGCGUCCAUUGCCGCGGCCGUGGCGCAGGUCGGGGCCGCCACGGGGGGCUCGCUCGACUAUCUCAUCAACAAUGCCGGCGUCCAUCAUUUCAUGCCUUUUACGGAUUCUAAGGCGGAUGAUUUCCGGCGCGUUAUCGAUACCAAUAUCACGGCCGUAUUUGUGGUGACGCACGCGUUUCUACCGCUUUUGAUCCAGGCCCGGGGCUUGGUGGCCAAUAUCGGGAGUGUACAGGAGGUCUUUUGCCUGCCGUUUCAGUCGGCCUAUAAUGCGUCCAAGGCCGCAAUUCACGCAAUGGCACACACACUUCGUGUCGAGCUCAAGCCCCUGGGCGUGCGUUUCGUGACAGUAGUCACUGGCGGUGUAAAGACCAAGCUUUACGAGAAUGCGCCUGUGGAGCUGCCGGCCGACAGCUACUACACCCCGAUCGCGCACAAGAUUGAGAGCAGAGAGUUCAUACACAAUGUCAAGCGCGACGAUGUGGACGACUACGCCAAGGGCGUUGUGCGCGACCUGCUGAAGCCCGAGCCCCGCUGGACCCUGUGGCAUGGCAGUCAAACGUAUCUGGCUUGGUUUCUGUCGUGGUUUGGCUGGGAUGGCAUGAUUGAUUCUCAAAUUGGCGAAAAGAAUGGUUUAAACGAACUGAAAAUACAUCCCAAAUCCGACUAA